AUGAGAGAGAGAAGGAAUGAGAGAGAGCGCUUUGGCAGAACUUCUGCUUUUCACUCCAUUGUUGAGCCAGCUUCUUGUGUUGGAGCAUCUUGAAGACAGCAAAGGCCCAAGAAGGCUUCCUUUCUUGCGUGGGCUUUGUUUCUGAAGCUUUUUCAGCCACUUUCGCGUGGGGCGCCUUUUGCUUUGCUGGCCGGUCCGGCGAAUCAGCCAACGAGCGCGCUCCACUGGGGAGCUGAGGCUGAAAGACAGAAGACUUAGCUUCAGACUCUAGUGUAUUCAAGAGUAAACACUUUAAGAAAACCAAAUCUUGUAGUACCUGCAAUCAAAUAAGGAAUUCCAAUGGUAUUUCAUGCAGAGUUUACAAAUAUUUCUGUUACAGGAAAUGUGAACCAAAGGGUUCCAGCAGGUUUUUAAGAAAUUCAUUUCUCUGUUGUGACAAAAUAUCUGACCAAUACCCUAGAAGAAAGGCUCAAGAUCCACAUGGAUAUUGACAGAAGUACAGAUUUUGACCUUAUUAUGGCGGAAAGUUAUGAACUGGACCUGACUUACAUUACUGAAAGAAUCAUUGCAGUAUCGUUCCCAGGAAACUGCUCAGAGGAAAUUUACCUAAACAACUUCCAAGAUGUAAUUGGCAUGCUUAAAUCCAGACAUGGUGGCAACUACAUGGUGCUGAACCUCUCUGAAAGAAGAUAUGACUUUGCUAAGCUUGACCCAAAGAUUAUGGAAGUGGGAUGGCCAGACCUCCAUGCUCCAUCCCUUAAUAAGAUAUGCAACAUCUGCAAGGCUAUGGAAUCCUGGUUGAACAGUCACUCUCAACACGUUGUGGUGAUCCAUUGCCGAGGUGGAAAAGGAAGAAUAGGGGUAGUGAUCUCAUCAUACAUGCACUUCACAAAUGUAUCUGCAAGUGCAGAUCAAGCCCUGGACAGAUUUGCAAUGAAGAAAUUCUUUGAUGAUAAUGUUUCUGCUUUAAUGCAACCAUCCCAGAAAAGAUAUGUACAGUUUUUGAGCGAUCUUCUCUCUGGAUUGGUAAAAAUGAAUACAAACCCUCUAUUCUUGCAUUAUGUUAUUCUGCAUGGAAUCCCAAACUUUGGUAUUAGUGGAGGUUGUCAAUCAUUUCUGAAGUUGUAUGAGGGCAUGCUGCCAGUUUAUACAUCAGAAGUAUAUAUCACAGGGCUAGAGAAUCAAAGCAGAGUCUGCAUUGCAAUUGAACCAGCCCAGCUGUUGAAAGGAGAUAUAAUGCUCAAGUGUUGCCAUAACAAGUACCAGCACGGCAUUCAGAGUAACAUUUUCCGACUGCAGUUUCACACUGGUGCUGUUCAAGGAUAUGGUCUAAUAUUUAACAAAGAAGAGUUGGAUGAUGCAAAUAUAGAUGAUCAUUUUCCUGAAAAUGGAAGAGUUGAAUUGGUGUUUUCGAGUUCCCCAGAAAAAAAUCCAGUGCUGCACUCCCAUGGUCCCAUUGAUGGCAGCCUUUAUGCUAAAGUGAGGAAAAAAAGCUCCUCUGAUGCCAGCAUUCCAAGCAGAAUCAAAGGUGUUGCAAGUAAUAACUCUGAUCAUAGUGAUCAUACCCUAUCUGUGAGUAGUGAUUCAGGACAUUCUACAGCUUCUGUAAGGACAGAAAAAACUGAGGAACAACCUCCAGUAGUAAAACCAAUCUUGAGUCUUCGGGAGAAGGAAGAACUUGAUCAAUUGCUUAGUGGAUUUGGUUUAGACAACUCAAUCAUUCUGUUCAUGGAUAUGACUGAUGCCCAAAGCAAAUAUAGUGGGACUCAGCAUAUAGUGCCAGCCCAAGUUCAUGUUAAUGGACAUGACAAACCCAAGGAAAGAGAGACAGAUAUUCUAGAUGAUGAGAUGCCCACUUAUGAUCUUCACAGUGUGGAUAGUAUUGGAACAUUGUCUUCCUCUGAAGGUCAGCAGCCUAACCAGCUUGGGAAUUUGAGCUGCCAUAAGAGUUGUCAGAAUUCCCUCCUGUCAGAUGGCUUUGGAAGUAAUAUUGGAGAGGAACAUCAUAACAUUCUGACUGCAGAUCUGGGAAUUAAUGUUGACUCUGUGUAUGAAAGGCCCUUUGGAAGGACUAAUACAAAAAGUUGUCAACAGCUGACAAAGAAUCCUCCAGUUUCCACUCAUCCAUCCUAUAGCGUCAGUAGCUAUUCAACUCAGACAUGGGUGCGCCAACAGCAAAUGGCAAUUGCUAAUCAGUAUAUCAGUUCUCCAGAGAAUGAAAUUGGAUUUGGUAUUCAUAACAUAGUUGCAAAUGUGGGAAACCUGGAAAAUCAAGCCAGAGUUCCAAAUACAUUUCUCCAAAGUUCCAGCAGUAGGAGUGAGGUCCAAAGGAGGCUUGGGAGUAUACCAUCUUCUAGUAAUGUGGCUGAAAAAUUUGAACCAGAGGUUUAUAAAUUAAGAUUUCUCUCUGAAAAAAGUGUAAAUAAUAAUGAAUUGAAACAGAAUACAAGUAGCAGUGCUGGAGUUUUGCCAUCUUCACCAACUUUGGAUAUUGAUCAGUCAAUUGAACAGCUAAACAGACUAAUUUUGGACUUGGACCCAACAUUUGAGCCUAUUCCUACCCGCAUUGGUGUUGUCAACAGAAAUUCCGAUCAGCUGGAUGGCUUUGUCAGUCCUCAAAGAGAUGAAGAAAGGCUUGGGAGGGGCUCUAGGAUCCAUGUGAAAACUGAGGUCAUUACCAAAAACUCAUCCCAGCAGGGUUUUCAAGAUGAUGGCAUAUUAAAUGGGAAAAACAAGAAGUUAAAUCCUGAAUCUUAUGACAAUGAUAUUGCAACACAAUCAAUAUGCAGAAAGUAUAGAUGGAAAAAAUCUGAUGUCCUUGACCAUUCUUUAGGACAGGACUUCUUUGCCUCUGCAAUAAAAGCCAAAGAGAUGAGUGGUGUAAGUUACCUGGAAAACCCAAAUGAAGGAGAUGGAAGCAUUUUCUCACCCAGCAAAAACGCAACAGUUCUACUAACUCCAGCAUUUCCUGUAUCUCCAGAGACUCCCUAUGAACCCCGAGGUUACAUAGAAGACGUUAAUCACUCCACUGUGAUAUCUGACAGUUCAAGAACUCCAAAUCCAUCCUUGUUGCAGGCUGGCAUAGAAUCCGUUCCUUCCCAUCACCAGCCUUUUGCGGCUACAUGUUCAGUUUCAAAUGAUACCACUGUUCCAAGAAAAGAGAGUUCAACAGAUGAACGUAUUUGGCAUCCAAACAAUUUUCAGCCUUCCUUGAUGCCUCAAUUUCCAGAAAUGAGUAACAUCAAUGUAGGAAGUUACCUCAUGUCUCCAGAUCUUUCUGUUCCUGAGCAAAAUGAUUUAUACUUCCAGACAAAAGGACUUCAGCCUCGGACAUUUAACAAUCUAGCAAAUAUAACAGCUGUGCCACAACAGGACCUUACAGCUUGUGAUAGCAUCCAAACUUUUCAGAAUUAUGAUGAGACCGUUGCUAACAGUAACCAGUUAGUGGAAGAAAAAAACCUUUCUUUUAUGGCAAAUGCUGAUAGGUCUCCCAAAAUAAUGAAAUCUAUAGUGGACAGUAGUUUUUUGCCACAAACCUGCCUUGUAUCAUCUUCUGGAUAUACUAAUCAGCAAAUCCAGGGAUUGCAAAUGUAUCCACAAACUCCUAUUCCUGAGAAGAAAAUGAUUUCUGAGGCAGAACAUUCUUUUGGCUAUGCCUCGCCUUCUUCAAGUGGUUUCUCCAGUCCACAUAGUGGAAGCACUAUCAGCAUUCCAUUUCCAAAUGUUCUUCCAGAUUUCUCUAAAGUUGGAAACACACCACCAGUGAUCGAAAAUAUGGGUGAUCAACAUGUAACUGUAAACUUUGUCCAAGAUACUUCCAAAUUUUGGUAUAAACCAGAGAUUUCUAGAGAACAAGCUAUUGCUGUCCUCAAGGACAAGGAAGCUGGGUCAUUCAUUGUCCGUGACAGUCAUUCCUUCAAAGGUGCCUAUGGUUUGGCCAUGAAGGUUGCUAUACCUCCUCCUUCAAUAUUACAGUUAAACAAAAAAGUUGGAGAUAUUUCCAGUGAACUUGUGAGACAUUUUCUGAUUGAGUGUACCCACAAAGGAGUAAGAUUGAAAGGAUGUCCUAAUGAGCCCUAUUUUGGAAGUUUGACAGCUUUAGUGUAUCAACAUUCCAUUACCCCUCUGGCAUUGCCUUGCAAGCUACUCAUCCCAGACCAAGAUCCUCUGGAAGAGAUUACUGAAACCUACACACAAACAGCUGCAAAUUCAGCUGCAGAGCUUUUGAAACAAGGGGCAGCCUGCAACGUUUGCUACCUGAAUUCUGUUGAGAUGGAAUCUCUAACAGGUCAUCAAGCUGUGCAGAAAGCUUUGACCUUAACUUUAGCUCAAGAGCCUCCUCCCACCUCCACUGUGGUGCAUUUCAAAGUGUCUGCACAAGGUAUCACAUUGACAGACAAUCAGAGAAAGCUUUUUUUCAGAAGGCAUUAUCCAGUCAAUAGUGUUAUUUUUUGUGCUUUGGAUCCACAAGACAGAAAAUGGAUUAAAGAUGGCCUGUCAGCAAAAGUAUUUGGCUUUGUUGCAAGGAAACAAGGUAGUGCAACUGAUAACGUUUGCCACCUGUUUGCAGAGCAUGAUCCAGAACAGCCUGCCAGUGCUAUUGUAAACUUUGUAUCAAAGGUCAUGAUUGGUUCCCCGAAAAACUGAAGGCCUCCUGUUUUACUGAUCUGUUGGACUUGUAAGCAGAAAGCAUAUUUUCAGAUGAAAGCUGUGUGGCCCUCAGCAGUUCUUCUAGUGGACAUUCCAUCUGUAAAAUAAGAUAAAAGGAUUCAUUUUAUAUUUCAGUAAUAUCACCUGACCGUUUAAACUUCUGACAUCAAACUAGGAUUAAGCAAAUAAGGGAAUAGGAAGUUUGUAAGAUCCUGAGUACCCAAUUCUGACCAUUUUUUUUUUAAAAAAAAUCUAAAGCAUUACAAAGUUGAGAAAAUUGAAAUGAGCUUUUCUGGUUUUUAACUUGGGAUGGGGUGGGAUGAGGGAGAGUGGGCAUUCCCCUCUUUGGGCAUGUUGUUUUUAUGUGGAAUUUUUGCUGGAAUUUUGUAAAGUUAUGAGAGCAGAAAUUUGUAUGAGAAAAAUCUCAAAGAUCUCUCAGUUGUAAUGAAGGAAUAGGAUUAGGGACUGGAAGUGGAAGAUAUAAAGACUUGCAAGUUUAUUAUUAUCUUUCCUUAAUUCUUCCUUGCAAAUUCCCAGUUUGGGACACUUUUAAAAAGUUUUUGUUCCCUUGAGUAGGUUCAGAAGUCACAUGCUACUGUUCUGGGCACAUUUGUAGUGAACAGUGCGUUCUUAAGUGAUUAUAUAAAAUUGUUCUUUUCUUUUGUUCUGAGAUCCUUUGUUGCAAGUGUCCACUUUCAGUAAACAUUUGCUUUUGCAUAGAUUUUUGCUUUGGUCCUAGCAAAUUCCUAGAUUUCUUCUCUUCAUAUUAAUAUUAGAGUGAUGAACAUCAAAAUUAUAAUGGAAAAGUGUAUGUAGGAAAUUGGGGCAAGUUUAUUUUGGAUGGUGUAAAGAAAGAGAAAAAGGAGGCUUGUCUAGUACAUAUAUUGUAAGAAAAAUUGUAUAUUUGUUGAAUGAUAAAUGGAUAAUUAGGGGGAUGUUUAAAAGAGGAUAAAGUGAUUCAGAAAUUUUAUGAGGAAUUUUAAGAAAAGCCUUUAAUGAUAGCGUAUAAAAAUGAAGGCUUCAUUACCUUAUGUGGAAUCUUCCAUCUGGAGUUGGGAGGGAUAUACAAUAUACAGAUUUCCUGUGCACAAUGCUAGCUAUUUGAUUGAUUGUGUAUGCUGUUUCUGCUGUACCUUACCCCUGCUGUUAUAUGUUGGCCUAUUUCUGGGCUAUCUGUAAAUUAUCAGAACCUGUUUAGUGUGGGCGAUCCCUGCUAAGCUACAUCUCUGGUGCUUAGUGAAUGCUAUGAUCCGUGCUUCAGUGCUAUCUUAGUCCUUUCCAGCCACUGGUAGAAUUUCUCGAUGUCUGCCACAUCAGUGUCUGUCCUAUGCAGAGUUUUGCCUUUCUGUAGCAUUUUGUCUGGUUGAUCUUCCUCCUAUGUUUGCCUCAGGCCUUCUGUCAACAGCUCAUUUUUGGAUAUCAUAUUACUGAUGUACUCCUAGGUAUUCUGGACAGUUUUGAUAUUGCCGAGACAUGUUUUGCCUUCUGGGUGUUGGACUUUGGAUGGAAACCUCCAUACCUUGUGAGGAGUUUCUGGGUCAUCACAUUGGCAGCAGUCUGCUUUGGCCAGCUCACGAUAUCAGCAAUAUUACAUAUAUUAUUAGCUUGUGACAAAUUAUUUAUAGUGUAAAACAGAUUUGGGUCUGUUGAAUAAAUGUUUUAUUUCUAUAUA